UUUAUAAUCAUUAUGGACAAUGUCGUAUUACAAAUAAUUCAUUAACGUGUCAGAAAUAUUGUGGAGAGUUGAAAGCCGUUUUUGUUCUAAUGGAGAUUUCUUUAAUAUUAUGCAAUGUAUUUAAGGAAUAAAAGUCUUAUAUAUAUAUGUUAAAAUAUAGAUACGUUUUUUACAUACCGCAGACGGCUGUGUCAACGUUUUAUUGUAUUGUUUACUGGCGUGGAGCGUUAACUCAUGGUAAACGUACACGUUAAAUAGUUAAAUAAGAAACUUAGCUGCAAUUGAAGAUAGAAUAUUAUAGGAAAUUACCAUAAGUUAUAUUUGCAGAAAGAUAAAAUUUGCCUCGAAAGAACUUACUUUGCUUAGUCAAAGAUUACAAACGUGAAUAUACAGUUUUGGACUUAUACGUGAUAUCGAAGUAUAAAGACGAAUUUUAAUUGAUUUGAAGUAUGUUAUCAAGGAGUGUAAUAAUGGGCAAAAUGACCCAACUGACAUUAUCAUGGGUUUUGUAUUUGGUAUAACACAUCCACAACAACAACAGCAUCAUCGACAACAACAAAAACAGCAACAGUAGAAGCAGCCGUAGCAGGUGCUACAUUGAGUGUGUAAGACGGAGCAGAUAAUAUUGCAAAUCUAAAACAUGUCUGGCAAGACGAACUUCAGAGACCGCGCAAACUCUGAGCAGCCAUCUACCCGUUGGCACAGAAGUGACAUUCUAGGAGCGAGAACGUUUUCGUUGCCUGAAGGUCACUCGGACGACGACCCUGACAAGGUGAGACAUAAAACAAGAAGGUCAGCGUCAGACAAGGUUGUUCGACCCGGAAGGAAUGGCUUGCAUGCCCGAGAGUAUAAUGCAAUAUACAAAGACAAUGCAGCUCACAUUGUGUCCAAGAAACUGCCGUCACAACGAUUGGAUGAUGUAAAUGAAGAUUCAGAAUUCAGCGACAUCCGUCAUUCUCACGCCAGAUAUCCGCAUCAUGGUGUACAGAAUUCAUAUGACAUGGAUUACAAUCUGGUACAAAACGGUAAACAUUCUGGUGAUAUAAAUAUUUCUGACGGUACUAUGUUCCACACAGAUGCCAGUAUGAUACACCCUGUUGGCAAUGGUAUUCAUGGUAAAAGUGAUGAGAUAUAUAACCAUGAUCUCUCUUCAAUGCAACAUUCCCAUCCGGACACUUUUGCUCACAGACAUAGCAACCACAGUUUAUCGGAUGCGGAAGGCCAAAGUAGAGGCAAACAUCAUAAAACUAGCGGUACCAAACGGCCGCAUUCGAAAUCCCGGAAGUUUAGUAGUAACCACGACAACGGGAGGCGGAAGUCGUCCAAGUCCUCGACCACCUCAUCUCGCUCAAACUCGCGAGCGUCCAUUGACGAUGACUUCAGGUACAUUGAUAAAGGACAGAAGAGCGCCCCUCCUCCACGAUGCACGAAAAAGCGUCUGACGCUCGUGAUUGGCGGGGUCGUGCUAGUGGUAGUAGUGAUGUUGAUUGCUGCUGCUGUUGUCAUCACGCAGUACACGAGAAAUAAUGGAUUUGAUGAGGCAGCGCGAAAAAAUAAUGGAACGAUUGAUGGAGAGACACAUUUUCCUUUCCCUUUUCUUAGUACAACAACAACAUCAUCAUCAUCAUCAUCAUCAUCAUCAUCAUCAUCAUCAUCAUCAUCAUCAUCAUCAUUAUCAGCAUCAUCAGCAUCAGAAUCACCAUUAUUAACAUCAGCAUCAGAAUCACCAUUAUCAGCAUCAGCAUCAGAAUCAUCUUCCUUUUCAUCAGCAUCAUCCUCGGAAUCUUUACCAUCGUCUAUGAAUCCAUCGUUUCCACUUCCAAUAUUAAUGACACCGUCCGCAGCAACCAGCACCAAGAUUGGGGAAUCCAAUACCUCAACAUCUAGACCUUUAGUGACACAAUCUUCAGUGAUAUUUCAUCCGAUGGAAACGUCAACUAGACGAUACCCACAACCAGAUAUUCAAGUCACUGGUGCCAUCACAAACGAAGACGGAGAGCGGGUAGAAAUAACAUGUCAAAUAUCCCGGGUGCAGACACAGGCCAUCCAAAAACUAACUAUUGAACACACCCAUACAGGAGCAGCCAUGUUUGGACUUAGAGGAGACAUCUUAUCCCAAUCCUGUCUGAACGAUUCCUUCCAAGACGUGAAAGCGACGAUGUGUUUUGCUGUCAAAAAUGGAGAUUUCACGACAAAAUUGUUUCUACAUCGACUAUCAUGCACCCAAGACGGAGAGUUUAGAUGCUCGGUGGAGUUUGAAAACCAGCAAGAGUACUAUAGAAGUGGCGUUUUGAAAAUUACAGAAGCCGCUACGAUGCCCGUGUUGGAGAUUCCCGACAACCUUGUGGAAGACCAGGAACCAGAAACGCCUGUCAAGUGCUCCGCCCACCUUGGUUACCCUCCAGGGGAACUUCAGUGGUUCAUUAAAGGCAGGGGGGUAUCAAAUUUUCUGCCGGUCGCGGGUUUUACGGUGGAGAAUUCUGGGGAGUGUGGACAGAUCGUGACAACAUCGCUCUAUUACACACCGACAAGGGAGGCAAACGGCUCUCUCCUCAAGUGCGCAGUUGUCGGUCAUACCUCAAAACAAUCCACGGAGUUGGUAGCUGUACAGGAAAUAAAGAUGUUGCCCAAGGGUCUUUGCGCAUCAGUGAAGGAGGGAAAACGAAUUGCUCACCCAAUCACAUGCUCCAAGUUCAUCCUGUGUGGGCGCGCAACUUACAGCAUUGGGGAGUGCUCGGGAGACAUUUGCUUUGAUGAGAGAAAUGACAUGUGCGGCCGAAAAAGCCUCGCGAUGACCAGUGUGAUAGCGUACCUGAACGAGGGUGUUACACUGCUGAAGUGUCGCCUCAACUACCUCGGUCACACUCACUGGCGCAAUAUCACCGUGUCCAAGCAACUACAGGACGGGGACAGCUAUAAGAUUCUAACAGUGACGCGUGGAGGGGAUACAGUAGUGCACGAGUCUCCCAUGUCGGGCCGCGUGUUUACCAACGUGGACGACGUGAGGCCGUACGAGGCGGAGGUCUCCAUGUGGAUCUACGUGCUCACAUGCGGCGACAAGGGAACGUACACGUGCAGCACGGACCCGGAGCUCGGGAUUCCUGUUUCCGCCGGAACACUGCAGAUAUACACCAAACCGGAAGCGCCAAUUUUGUCCAUACCGUCCGCCAUAGUUGAAGGCGUCGGGUUAAGCCAUCCGUUCACGUGUUCCGCCAACGUGGGCCAUCCCGUCGGAAACAUAACUAUACUCAUCAAACGUCCCGGUGAGACUUACUUCCGGGACGCCGACUUCACAGUCACCUCAGAGCGAGAGGACCGGAAUUGUUCCACGUAUAUCCAGCGCUCAUUCAAGAUUGUUCCCCGGCUCGAGGACAACGGGAUGCAGGUCCGGUGCGAAGUUGGAAAUCUGGCGACCCUGCCGCUGGGCUACUCGCUAACGACGUCCGCCACCGUCCAUGUUGUCCCUGGAAACUUCUGCGCUGUUCACGGCGACGAAACUCCACACGCCCACCCUUACGACUGCCAACAGUAUGUUCAUUGCACAAAGACCCAAACGUAUGUUCAACGAUGCGGAUCAAAGUUUUGUUUCAGCUCUCGAACACUUAUGUGUGACGAGCCGUUACCGGAGGAAAACCACGAGUUGGACCCUUCACGACCAUGUGCACCUGACAAGAACGGCGUAUAUUUCCCCCACCCGGUGCUAUGUAACAAGUUUAUCUGGUGUGUUCAAGGGCAAGAAAUCAUUCAACAUUGUCCAUUGGGCACACUUUAUAUCAACGGAGGACAGUGCACGUUCGAACCUCAGAGAUCCAUGUGUUAUACUGACCUCAAUCAAGCCAAGUGGAACACAUAAACAUUAAAAGUCUCAAGUGAUGAAGAACUUUAUCAUGGAAAUAAUACAAUAAUGUCCUUAAAAACGAUAGCCGCUCAAGUGUCAUAGGAAUUGCAAAUGUAAAUGGCAAAUGUGUCAAGAACAAAUUGUAUUUCUUUAACUGCUAUUGGGUCUUUAGGAAUUCUUAUUUCAGCUUGAACUGCAGACUUUAAAAUGUUGUUAAAAUGUACAGCCUAGAGCAGAGGUGGAAGGGUAUUUAGAUUUGCUCAAAUCUGCAAAAUAAGGGAAUUUAAGGCAAACACGUUUACACUAUUUUGCACUGAAAAUGACUCGCUCAUGUUUUUGGACCAAAAAUAAGUUAUCCCGGAAAUGCGUCUGAAAACACUUAUUUUAUCAUUAUUUUACUCUGUGAUAUCGAAAUUGCAUAAAAAAAUACAGUGGAAGCAUAAAAAUGUACUUGGUUUUAGUGGGGUUCGGAUCCACGCCGCUAAAGUCAAGAAAAAUUUAGAAGUCAGCCGACUUGUCCACACGGCCACGGGGGCUUUAACAAACGAUACAUUGAAAACAGCACGUAAUAAUGUCAAUCAACCAAUCACGCCGUAAUUAAGUUUCAAUCGCAUUAUUAACGCUAAUGAAAAUUGUGGUCUUUAAAAACGAUAUUUGAGCAAAUAUCAACAUUUGCUGAAGGGUUCCAGCUUUUGGUAUUUUGGUUUUAACACUCCUUAUGAUUUGCCACAUUUUAUUUCGUAAUUAAAAAAAAUGCAUUUUACAAACCAUGGGCGAGUCGCUUUUAAUACACCUAAAUUAAGAAUUCGUACAGACUCAAAUCGAGUUACUCUACAAGAAGUCUAUGCUUGACAUUCCGCGAAGAGAAAUACUAGACAAUCACCUAGGUAAAGGGAUUUUAUGAUAUUUAAACAUCGCCUUGCUUUGAUGUUAUUUUGAAUAAAAUGAUUUACAUUCCGA